GUGUGAUGUUCGCCCUUGAGUCUGAUGUCAGUAUGAGAAUAAUAGAGGGAAUCAUAUGCGAAUAUACUCUAUGCUCAAGGAGUUCUAUCUGUCGUGUUUUGAGGCCUGGAAACGUCUGUCCCCAUAGAGAGACUCACGUGAAGUAUGCUACUUGUAAAUCUUCAUUUAUAGUGGAAACUGCAAUGGACAAUUUUUACUUUACUUAGUUUCAUGUUCACUCUCAGGAUUUUCUUUUCUCGUUUUUAAAAAGAGAUUUAAUAUUCUUUCUCUGUGCCCCAUGUUCAUCACUCGACGAUGGUUUUAGUUCCCUACAUUAUAAUGUCAAACAAAAACUCAGCUGUUGUUGGAUGGUCCUUACAUUCAAAUUUUCUUUUAAAGAAGAUUCGCUCAAUGUCCAUCAUGGUUUUUCUUUAAUGCCGUAGGUCGUUCAUAGCGGUUGCCGUCGUGCUUAACCGUUUGCGUAGCUUUAGUGCCUGGCCGUCGUGCUUCAGGCUUCCCGCUUUGUGGUUGAUGACCCUCUUUAUUUUCUUGGUACUUAGACUAGAGUCUUGUUUCAUCGUGAUCAGUUGUUCUUCUGUGUUAGAUGGUUGCCCAUUGGUUUCGAAUGGAUGUCUUGGGUUAGAAGCAGAAAACUUUGAAAAAAAAACUGAUGGAGCUUUUCUGUUUUAGUUCUAAACAGGUACUAGUGCUAGCUGCAUUUCUUGCACAGCUGCAUAUAGAUUUGCGAGCAUGUAGUUCUGCCUGUAUGAUCAUCGUUGUAGGCUGCUCCUCGGUUGUAGAGGCAUUUUCUCCGGAUCAAGUUUUUGUGGGCCACCACGAUGAGAAGAUACCUGCUAGUUUGUUAGACCCCCUCGGCCCUCGCGAAGGUGAUACCCCUGCUGAAGCUAAAAAAAGAGCUGCUUUUAAAGCCCUUGUAGAUGCAGAAGAAGCGAAAGCCUGGCAGACGAUCGAGGAGCAAUAUGGCUCAAUCUCAGCUUAUAUCGAACAGAAGGACCAGGAACAUAAGGACCAGGAACAGGGGGAAGAGGCUAGAAGGAGGAAGCUGACUGCGGCAGCUACUGAAGAUUCAUCUUAAGGCUCCUCAAUAUAUUCUAUUUGUCUCAUAUACCACUUGGGUUUACAACUUGCAAUAUAUAUUUCCCCUCAAUAAUAUAUUUGUCUCUUGAGUAAAAUAGUUUCUUGAAUUCUAAGGCCAAUGAGAUUGCUUCAUGUCUACAACAAGUCAUUUCUCCCUAUUUCUUUCUUAGGAUGGGGAGAAAUGUAGGCAAGAAAUGAAUUCUUUUGAGCUCUAAGCAUCAAUCGACAGGGAGCAAGGGAAUCGUGACGGGGGGUGGAAUGAUGAUAACGAAGAAGAGUGGAAUGAUGAUGGCAAAGAAGAAUGGCAGCAUGCUGAUGAUGCUGAAGCUGCUGGAGUUGGUUCUCAAGGUGUGACUUUUUCCAGAAGUGCCUCUACUUCUAGAGGAAGAAGAUUGGCCGCAGCUGCGACGUGGCCUAGUACCUCUACUUCUAGAGGAAGAAGAUUGGGAUUGGCCGCAGCUGCGACUCCCGCAGAUGGAGGAGGUACCCCUACUUCUUGGGUCGCAGCUGCGACGUGGCCUCCCGCAGAUGGACGAGAUUACGUUUGCCAGACACACUUUAACUCGCAUCACUUAGAUUGCACAAGGAAUAUUCUUCAGCAAAGGAGUUACGCAGUAGUUUCUCCAUCGUGUGAAGUGGCAAAAAAUUGCAAGCAGUGCCUUAACAUUGCUCAGGGGAGUUUGGUCUUUAUGUAUGCGGCGAGGUGUAGCGGUUUGCAUGGCACAUGCGCUACAAUACGACUGAUUCGAGUUACAUUAAGGCCUACUAAGGAUCCCCUGAGUGAACAUCUUCAAUCGAGCUCCCAAGAACGGUCCCAAGAACCUGCAUCUAGGUCCCAAGAACCUGUAUCUAGGUCCCAAGAACCUGCAUCUACUCGAAACCUUGAAAUAGGCGAGUACCAAGAUGAUCUGUAUUUACCCUAAGCCCUAAGCCCAGGAUUUAGAAGGAUGGAGAAGAAUUGAAGGAGGAUUUCUCCCUCGUAGUAAAUCUUAGUCUUAGAACAAGACUUGCGGCCCUUUAUCAUGAUUAUGAUUUACUCUAAUCACAGAUAGAUCAGACGCCUACUACUUGUUGCCCGUGCACGGCAGCUUGCCAGGCGUGUCGUAUGGAACCGUAACGUGCGGACACACAGCGAAGUUGGCAACGCUAGUACUGAGCUAUGCUCUGAGUCGAGCCAAUAUGUUUUAUCAAGCGCAAGUAGGGAAAGCGAACGCGACAACGGAUUCGGAAUUUUAUCAGCACGUCCUACCCAUGUCCAGGAUCUACGGCGAUAACUUUCAAGAAAUGGGUGUUUGUUCGAGUAAAACCAAACCUUUUUAUAUCAAAUACGAAGGCUACAAGUGUGACGUCACUGCGGCAAAUUUGGUUGCGNUUUCAAGAAAUGGGUGUUUGUUCGAGUAAAACCAAACCUUUUUAUAUCAAAUACGAAGGCUACAAGUGUGACGUCACUGCGGCAAAUUUGGUUGCGCACCCCCAUGCAAACGCCAAUGGGGCUACGCACUUUCCGUCGACAGAAGCAUUGGCGCAAGAGACCUGUGAUGCGGUGA